AUGCGGCAAACAAGGCCAGGGACCUACUUGAGCAAAGAAUGCAUGUCUCAGAACAUUCUUAAUCUCCUCUUGGAUGAGAUAUUUGUGCAGAAAGCUGAAAGUGGGACAAGUUCAUCAAAGAUAAUUGUUAUCCUUGACUCCAACUUUCAUCCAGUCAAACUCCAAUAUAUUGCAGCAGUAACACAUUGUACCCAGAUGAUUCGGACCCUUGCGGAACGCUUAACAACUAUGUCUGUGUAA